AUGACAGUCUCCGACUUUCUCAACACCCAGACCGUGGGCGGCUACCUUGUCUGCUUCCUCGUCGCUGGUGGCUUGAUCUACAACUACUCCGGCAACAAGAAGCCUGCGCAGAUUGCCAAGACUGCCAAGGCAUAUGUCGAGCCCAAGAAGGACACCAACGCAAAGAAGCAGCGAAAGGCUGCCUUUGCUUCACAAAAGCCCGAGGAGAAGGCUUCCACGAGCGCAGUCGAUCCUUCUAGCACAUGGCUGAGCAAUGACCCUAAGGAGGAAGUUGAUAAUGCCGAUUUCGCCAAAAGGAUGGCCAGUGUCAAGGAGGGCAAGAAGUUUGAUGGCAAAUCUGCUGCUGAUGCCAAGAAGAAGAAGACCAAGUCCGUCAAGCAAUCGCGUGCUGCUGAGAAGAAGCCCGUCGACGUCACCGAGGAGGAGGAGGAGGAGCCCGCCGCUUCCUCUGCCCCCGCUGUCGAGGCUGUUGAGGAAGAGGAGGAGAGCUCCCCUGCCACUUCCCCCGAGGUCACUCCUGCCGACCCCAGCGGCGUCAACGACAUGCUCGAGCCCACCUCAUCCGGUCCCUCCGUCCUCCGCCUGACCGGCACCGAUAAGGAGAAGCCCAAGGCCAAGAAGCAGAAGGCCCCCGAGCAGGCUGAGACCAAGAAGCAGCGCCAGAACCGCCAAAAGGUUGAGGCCAAGAGAGCCGCCCGCGAGGAGGAGGAGAAGGAGCGCAAGGUCAAGCUCGAGAAGCAGCGCCGUACCGCCCGCGAGGCCGCCGGCAUCCCCGCCAAGGAUGGUUCCCAGUUCAUGGCCAGUGUCAACGGCAACAAGUCCGCUUGGACCGCCGGCUCCCCCAACGGUGCUUCUGCUACCAACGGCACCUCCGCUGCUGUUCAGCCUCUCGACACCUUCGAUGCUCCGGCCCAGAACGGCACCUCUGCCGCCGCUCCGGCCCAGACCUCCAACAACUGGAUCUCUUCCCUUCCCUCUGAAGAGGAGCAAAUCCAGCGCCUCAAGGAGGAGGAUGAGUGGAACACUGUUCCCGCCAAGUCCAAGAAGUCCAAGAAGGAGAACCGCUCCCCUUCCCCCGAAGCUGCCAAGCCUGCCGCCGCCGCCGCCGCCCCUGCUCCGGCUCGCCCCAUCGCCCAGGCCGUCCAGAAGCCUGCGUCCAACGGCAAGGCUGCGAAGCCCGUCACGUCCAACUUUGGAUCCUUCUCCGCCCUCAGCACCGAGGAGGAGGAGUGGGAUGUCUAA